AUGUCAGAGGAAAUUUCUAUUCGGCACAGGCCGAAGUUCGAUGGGACUGAUUUUCUUGCUUGGAAGUUCUCUAUAACGCAGAUUUUCAAGUCAAAAGGUAUUCAAGAUGUCGUCGAUGGAAGCAGAAUAAGACCAGAAGAUACUACAAGAGAAACAUACAAGUUUUUUGAGAAGGAUAAUGCAAAAGCGAUGUUCACAAUUGGUUCAUCCUUAGAAACUAAGUUUUUACGUCCACUCCUGACAUGUACAUCGGCAAAAGAAAUGUGGGACAAAUUAAUCCAGAUACACGAACAGAAGUCAGCGUCUAAUAAGCUCAUUUUAACACAAAGAUUUCACGAAUACAAAAUGGAUUUAACAGAUUCCGUCGUUGAACACGUUGCUAAAGUCCAGAAUUUGGCUCAACAAUUAAUAGAUGUUGGACAAGCAGUAGAUAACAUUACUAUUAUGGCAAAAGUUCUCGGAAGCUUACCUUCGAUAUAA